AUGAGUUCCAAUAAACGACUUCCUGCUGGUGGACGUGACUUUUCCCAUGAGCAACAAGCACAAGCAAUGCAGCAGCAGAUACAGAAGCAGCGCUCGACAAAUGUAUCGCGUGCCUCAAUGCGUUCAGCAAACGUGCCAACAGGACGUACGACGGCCAUGCCACACCUCCAGCACACUCCAGCAGGAUUCGCCUACAUGGACAGCGCACCAUCAGCCCAUCAGCCGAACUCCAUCCGAUCACAAUUUCCAACCACAUACCCACCUGCACAUAUUCGCUCUGCAGCACAAACUGAGCCUCGUUCUCUUUGCCCACAUAUGACCCUAGCAGACUUCGAGAACGUACCCCUUUCCGAAACAGACGAGAUCGCAACCAAGUUCAACCACUGGAGGUGGGUCAACGAUAUGAGGAUGACACCGAUACCAUGGCUGGUACCUUCUCUUCCGAUGUCUCAGAGACCGGCAGUAUUUCGGAACACUCUCGCUCAAGUUUCAAACGAUCUUACUAGAGAUAAGGGACAACACGAACAGUCUACGCAAAAGCAGUCAACCAAGCACGGCAAGAUAUUCCAGGCCGCAGAACAGGUCCAAGAACAGCCAGCUAGCGCGACUCAGGGCCAGAACCAAUGGACGAACUACAUCGAUCUUGGCGAUGAAGACAACGAUGCAGAUUUUGUGCUUGACAAAUGA